UCGAGCUGCGCCACAGAUGCGAGCGGGGAUGGCUGCGAUGUUUCCAGCGCUGGGUCUGGGGCUGCUCUUGGGGCUCCUGGGGAGCCUGGGGGGCCUGGGGGGCGCGACGAAAGUUCUCCACUCCCUGCGUUACCUGCACGUGGCAGUGUCAGAGCCCAGCCUGGGGAUCCCCCAGUUCAUGUCCGUUGGGUACCUGGAUGGGAUCCCCUUCACACGUUACGACAGCGAGCGGGGCCGGAUGGAGCCGCUGACACAGUGGAUAAAGGACUCGGCCGAUCCGGAAUAUUGGGAUAGGGUGACCCAGAUCUGCGUGGGGAGCCAGCACGUGACUGCCUGGAACCUGCAGACAGUGCGGGACCGGUACAACCAGACCAGGGAUCCCCAAACAAGGUUGCAAGUUUACGGCUGUGACCUCCUGUCCGACGGGAGCAUCCAUGGAUCCUACCGGGUUGGCUACGACUGGUGGGAUUACAUCUCCUUUGACCUGGAAUCCAAGAGAUUCUUGGCAGCCGACAACGCUGCUGAGGCCACCAGGAGGCGCUGGGAAGAUGAGAACGAGGCUGAGAGGUGGACGAAUUACCUGGGGCACAUCUGCCCAGAAUGGCUCCAGAAAUACGUCAGAUACGGGCAGAAGGAGCUGGACCGCAAAGAGCCCCCUGAUGUCCACGUGUCUGGAAAAGAGGAACACGGGAUGCUGAUCUUGUCCUGCCACGCGUACGGAUUCUACCCCAACGCCAUCGCGGUCAACUGGAUGAAGGGGGAUGAAAUCCGGGAUCAGGAGACGGAGUGGGGCGGGGUCGUUCCCAACAGCGACGGCACCUUCCACACCUGGGCCAGGAUCGAGGCGCGGCCGGAGGAGCGGGAGCAGUACCGGUGCAAGGUGGAGCAUCCCGGAAUGCCGGAGCCCGGGAUCUUCGCUUGGGAGCCGACAUCUGGCGGGAAUCUCACGGUGGUGAUCGCUGUGUCCAUCGUCGCUGCCAUCAUCAUCCUCGCUGUCCUCAUCGGAUUCGUCGUCUGGAGGCUCCAGUCCGGGAGGUGGGACAGGAAUAAAUACAGCAUGGCUCCUGAAAAAGACGGGGGAACCAACGGCUUGAGUGCAGCAAUCACUGCCUGAGCGAUCCAUGGAGCUGGAUCCGGCCCCUUCCCCCUUUCCCGGAAACCAAGAGCUGCCAGCAGAGCUCAUCCCCCUGCUUCAACCCAUCCACGGCUCUUGCUAACGGAUCCAUUUGCCAUUUUCCAAAAAAAAGGAACAUUCGCAAUGCUUUAGUUCUGGUGUGAAAUUAUCCUGCUUUGGGCAAUAUAUCCUGCUUGGGGCAAGAAAUCCUGCUUUGGGCAAUUAAUCCUGCUUGAGGCAAUAAAUUCAAGUUCCCUCCUCCA